GGAAUUGCAUGCUUGCCUAGAGUUUGCGUAUUGGCCGCGGAUCUUCCGCGAUGUGAGUCUGCAAAAUGGACCAGAAAAUGGAUUCAAAGUGUUCGCAUUGUGGCAAGGCUUUUGCUUGCAAAAGAUACCUGGUGAAGCAUGUGGCAAGGGUGCAUAGUAGAGAUAAAGAGGAAAAGAAACCGUUAGAGUGUGGAAUUUGCGGAAAGGAUUUCCCUCGCCUUUCUCAUUUACAACGGCAUCAGUUGAUCCAUAUAAAGGAAAGGGAAUGGGGUUGCCCAUUUUGUGAGUGCAGUUUUGUACAGAAGCCGCAUUUGAUUCGUCACAUAGGCCGCCGCCAUCCUACGGAAGAGAGUACGGGGCUAGAAGAUAAGAUCAAUGCGAAUAAGUGGAGAACAGAGAGUAUUCCUGUCCAGCUCAGUACCUCAGACAGUGUUGCCAAGACCCCACUGACGCCUCAACUCUGCGCCGAUCUCAUUCCCGCUCUUCUUUGCAUCACAUGUGGGGCAACGUUUUCGACCAGGACAGACCUAGAUCGUCAUGCUGCCAAUACACAUCGACCAUUAAAGUGCAGACACUGCAGAAAAAUCUUCAAUGGAUAUGCAAAAUUGAAAGCGCAUGAAAUGCAACAACGAGACCAAGCGCAUGUCUGUUCCUGUGGUGCUUCUUUUGUACGCGCUGCUGAACUACGGAAUCACAAGGAUUCUUGCCGAAAACGUGGAUCAUUUCUCUGCGUAGUUUGUGAAGAGGUUUUUACGCAACGGAUACAGCUGGACAGACACUGGAACAAGAAGCAUUUUACAAACUCACGGUGCCCCUAUUGUGAAUGCACCGCAGCAGCACCUCUUCGCUUGUCUGAGCAUGCUUUGAAAGAGCAUUCUAAGAAAAUAUGUGGUUACUGCGGAGUUAAAAAUCCUCUAGCUGAUCACGUAGCAGCGACCCACUGGCGACGUCUCAGCAAAUCUGUGGCUUUGAAAAAUAAGCAACGCAGAGGGAGGCAUGGUGAUAGUGUAGCGGUGGAAGAACAAAGCAUUGAUGUCGACGAAGGGAAGGAGUUGAGCAGCGGUGACGAAUCCAUUUCUGAUGAUGCGCAUGAGUCACAAAUUUUAUCGCCAGUGAAGGACUACGACUCGUCGACUACGUCGACUUCCAGCUCGGAUUCGGAGAGCACACUUGUAGAUCGGAAAGAUAUCGACUGCAGUACCAGCUGUGACGCUAGAAAUUCCGAGGAUUGUUUUUUGAAUGUGGUGGUGUCGGUGCCGGAUGAUGUUGUGGAUGAGUUUCACUUUGGACAUCGUUUGCCGCCCGAAAUUUUACGUCUGUUUCCCGAAUUUUCUAGCGCAAAGCUUUCCCUCGUGGAGCCGUUCAUAGGACAAAGUCGCUUUUUGUCACUUCACAUUCCAGUAUCUAAACCGCCUGAAGGCGAUACGGAAGUCGCAAGGCUCCUGUCUGUGCCGAUCUACGUUUGAUAUCAUUUACCAUAUAUUGCAUUCCUUGCCUCGAUUGCAGUCUUGCUAGUGUUUUGCAUAUACUUUUGGGGAAUAG